AUGAUUUCAAAGUUUAGCAUAGCAAUAGCGUUACUGGCGCUCACGACAUCCGCCAACGCGCUCUGGCCUAUCCCUCAGAGUUACAAGCAUGGCGAUACCACUGUUUGGUUAUCGCCGGACGUGCAAUUGGUUUUCGAUUCGCCACUCGAGGUUUGCUUCCGCCCCUUCAUAUCGGUGUCAAGUAUUCCACGCGGGACCAGGACUGACGAGUGCUUUCCCCGGUCCUAGACACAUAUAGCCACGAAAAACAAAGUCCGAGAAGCCUGGAGCCGCACCCGGGGAAUAAUAUUCCAGGAACGCUUUGUCCCCUGGAAAUUCUACCCCCGUGGGACUAAGUUCGAGCCGGAAAACGGAAUCGGCACGGUGAUCAAGAAGGUAUUCGUCGAGCAGACAUCCGUGGACAAGCCGGAGCCCGUGCGCUAUGGGGAAUUCGAUGAGAGCUACACACUCACCGUCCCCGUCACCGGCGGCAACUUUACCUCUCUGGGGCCCUAUGGAGUGGAGGCGACCCUCGGCGAAGGGGGGGAGCCGGGAGCGGUCUACAUUACCGCCGGGUCAAGCCUGGGCGUGCUGCAUGCCUUCACCACGCUUACUCAGCUGUUCUACUACUCCAACAGCCACCGCGGCGGGGUGUAUUCCAAGCUCGCGCCUGUGGAGAUAAAUGACAAGCCCAAGUUCCAGCAUCGCGGACUAAACUUGGACGUGGCACGGCAAUGGUACCCGAAGGAGGACAUCUUGAAGACCAUCGAUGCCCUCUCCUGGAACAAAAUGAACAGGCUCCACCUGCACGUGACGGACUCGCAAUCCUGGCCGCUGGAGAUCCCCGCGUUGCCGGACCUUGCGGCAAAGGGCGCGUACGCGGACGGGCUGACCUACUCGCCACAGGACCUUCAAGACAUAUUAACCUGGGGCAGGUCGCGCGGCGUGGAGGUCAUCUUGGAGAUCGACAUGCCGGGCCACACUACCUCCAUCGCGGAGGCCUAUCCGGAGCUCAUAACGGGGAGGGACAAGCAGCCGGACUGGGUUAGAUACGCCGCGCAGCCCCCCUCUGGCUCACUUAAGCUCCGCAACCCCGCCGUUAAAAAAUUCCUCACCACGCUCUUCGACGACUUGCUCCCGAGGCUCAGGUCGCACAGCCAGUACUUCCACACGGGCGGCGACGAGGUCAAUAAGAAUGUAUAUAACCUUGACGAGAACAUCAAGUCCAACGACCCGGCUGUUUUGCAGCCCGCGUUGCAGGACUUUGUCUCGCACGCGCACACCGAGCUGGGCCGGCAUGGUGUCACGCCCUUGGUGUGGGAGGAGAUGCUACUCGAUUGGAACCUAACGCUACCUAAAGACGCCAUCGUGCAGACCUGGAUGUCGGGAGAGAGCUUGAAGAAGGUGAUCGAGAAGGGUCACCGGGUAAUCGCGGGGGACUACAGUUUCUGGUACCUGGACUGCGGGCGCGGGCAAUGGCUCGACUUCCUCCCCGCUAGCUAUAAAUACUUUCACCCGUUCAAUGAUUACUGCUCGCCUAGCAAGAAUUGGAGACUCGGUAUGCCCCCCCCCGCCCCAGUGCCUCCCGCACAGCCAACUAACUUGUUCGCUUAGUCUACUCCUACGACCCAGCAGCGGGCCUAACCCAGGAACAGGCAAAGCAAGUCCUGGGCGGCGAAGUGCACGCCUGGUCCGAACAGAUCGACCCCGUCAACAUCGACAGCGUCGUCUGGCCACGUGCUAGUGCCGCCGCGGAGGUGCUCUGGUCCGGCAGGACCGACGCCGCCGGGAAUAACAGGACCUUCCCCGAUGCUUCCCCCCGCCUCGCAGAGUUCAGGGAGAGGCUCGUGCUUCGCGGCGUCGGUGCGAGUCCGAUACAGCAGUUAUGGUGCCAUCAGCAUCCAGGGGGUUGUCAGCUUUAA